AUGACUCAGACUACCAUUGUGCCGUCCCUUGAGACAGCCAGAGAUGUGAUCAACAACUCGAGAACAGCAAAAUACCCUCCAAAUCUGCUGCCGUUGACGGCUAGUAUACCAGCCGAUCUGUUGACGCCCACAUUGGCUUACCUGAAGCUUGCUGAAAAAUCGAAAUUAUCAUUUCUCUAUGAGAGUGCUGCUACUACGGAGACAAUUGGAAGAUACAGUUUCGUUGGCGCAGAACCGUACAAAGUUCUCAAGACUGGGCCAGGUCAUGGCCCCGAGUGCGAUCCUCUCCCCAUCCUUGAAAAAGAGCUCUCGCAGUUUCGUGUUGCGACAGUCCCCGGGUUGAUACUUCCACCGCUCACCGGAGGAGCCAUCGGAUAUGUGGGUUAUGACUGUGUUCGAUACUUUGAGCCCAAGACGGCUCGGCCAGUCAAGGACGUGCUGGGGAUUCCCGAGUCGCUUUUUAUGAUGUUCAAGACCAUUGUCGCCUUUGACCAUUUCUUCCAGGUCAUCAAGGUCGUAACAUACAUUCCUAUUCCGAGCACCGAUUCGGAACUUGAAGCGGAAUACCGUAAAGGCCAAGAGGCGCUCCAGCAGACCAUCGACUUGUUGCUGCGGCCAGAAUGUCCCCUUCCCCCUCAGGGACCGAUUAUUCCGAACCAAGAAUACACAUCCAACAUAGGUAGGGAAGGGUACGAGCGGCAUGUGACCAGACUGAAGGAACAUAUCUCCAAGGGAGACAUCUUCCAGACAGUGCCGUCGCAGCGCCUGUCACGUCCCACUUCUUUGCAUCCCUUCAACCUCUUCCGUCAUUUGCGCACCGUCAAUCCAUCCCCUUAUCUUUUCUAUAUCGACUGCGAGAAAUUCCAACUUGUCGGAGCGAGUCCGGAGCUCCUCGUAAAGGAGGAGAAAGGCAGGAUCAUCACGCACCCCAUUGCGGGAACGGUAAAGCGCGGCAAGUCUGCCGAGGAGGACGAUGCUCUGGCCGCCGAGUUGAGGGGCAGUCUGAAGGACCGAGCCGAGCACGUCAUGCUGGUUGAUUUGGCGCGCAACGAUGUCAACCGGGUCUGUGAUCCUACGACAACUCAGGUCGACCGGUUGAUGGUGGUGGAGAAAUUCUCGCAUGUUCAGCAUCUUGUGUCGCAAGUGUCGGGGAUUCUACGGCCGGACAAGACGCGCUUCGAUGCGUUCCGAUCCAUCUUCCCUGCGGGAACUGUGUCCGGUGCCCCCAAGGUUCGAGCUAUGCAGUUGAUCGCUGAGCUUGAGGGCGAAAAGCGCGGAGUCUACGCGGGCGCGGUGGGCUACUUCGGAUUCGAUAGCUCGAGUGCUGACGGGAUGAAUCUGGUGCCUGGUGCAAUGGACACAUGCAUCGCGCUCCGGACGAUGCUUGUCAAGGAUGGAGUUGCCUAUUUGCAAGCCGGCGGUGGCAUUGUCUUUGACUCGGAUCCGUAUGACGAGUACGUCGAGACACUGAACAAGCUGGGUGCCAACAUUCAGUGCAUCAAGGGUGCCGAGGACAAAUAUUUGAGCAUGGAGCAGUCGUAG